AAGAGGGCUGCUAUCAAUCGUAUUCCCCCGGGGUAAUUGAGUGAAACUAUAGCGGAAAAUUGUAGACCCAGGUCCCAAAAAAAUCGUAUUGCUGGCCGCGUGAGUGUAUGAAUGAGUGACCAAUUUUGACGUUUUGAAAAAAAUUGGUGAUGACGACCAUGCUGAUGUUUCACAUUCACAGAAAGAUAAAGACGACCCAAAGCUAUCGAAAAACAUGCCGUAUCAAAAACGUCCUUUUCUGUCCGACGGCCGUUUUCUCCGCAACUGCGUCUUAAAGACAGCUAUUCCCGAAGAAGAGGAAAUCGGAUAUAAAGUAUUGGUUUCUCUCCCCUGUCCUCCGCCAAUACGCAAAUUUGGGCGGGAAGAGUUGCAGUUUUUUGAUCCUAGACCUGUCAUGGACGAGAUGACCAUCAAGAUCGCAUCUGCUCCCGCAUCCUUCCGCAACACUGGUCUCGUGUCUUACGACAAUGCCCUAUCACCCAAGUUUUUCAAAGCCAUUGAUGAAGACGCGAAGGGUCGGAUUCAAGAGAUUGAAGAGAAUGUUCGGAGAUUCUAAGCAGCUACGACUGGAAAUAUUGCGGAUUUGCUCUAUUUCAAUAGAGUAUCCUCAAGAGAAGAUGAAAAAGGUCGCUUUGAUAUGAGAAUGGAUUGCUUGUUGAGGGAUCGGUCCUAUCGCGUUUUAGCGUCACUAGGGGUUGGUUUCAGCGAAAAGGAAGAGGCCAGGAGAACCCUGAACACGUCCACGACUUACUAUCCUGCGGCGUCUCCGUACUCCACGCAAUCGGCGGUCAAUGCGGGGACCAAACUUGGCACGCUGACGGUCCUCAUAUUGGACGUGGAGAAAGCAGCUUUGGUAAGAAUGACCAAGAUUCAGCUUACGGAUUGUGUUGUUUCGUGGCUUUGACGGAUAAUGGUGGAGAUGAUGCUGGUAAAAUAGUUGAGGAUGAAGAAGCAGAUGGCUGCUCUUCUUCCACAAGCGCAGGAACUAGCUACGGAUUCCAUCACUCUUUCGAAGACUACAGCAUCGCACGGCAGCUUCGGCGGUACAGAAGUUUGGCCCAAGCUCCUCGGUUUCGGUGCUGUUGGUCCAUCUCUUGAAGUCACUCUCGAUACGUGUAGUGCAAAAAAGGGAGAUGCAAUGAUGUUGUAUGAUGACAGAGAGAUUCCUGCGUCGGGGAUUGGCCAAUACGAGAAAUGGGGAAAUGAGGCGUGUUUUUAUUCGGAAAAACGGAACUAAGGGAGGGCUAGUGUGUUUGACAUGUGAUCUCAGGCAUGCUGUUGAACAGAACGAAGAACUGUCCUCCAUAUUACAUACAACGUUCAUCUUUAUCGACUUAUCUUACAGACAAAUAACGCUGGUAGACGACAAAAAUAGAAGCGCCUCUGUUAAGAGACAGGCCAGGUGUGUUACUGCAAGGGUGAGCGGUCGCCGUCGUUCCUUCAC